GAGGAAAUGAAGAACAAAUCAUAGGAAACAAUGUUUUCUGUCUCCAAACAAACCACAGGGAGUUUUCAGAGCAAGGUCACAAAUAUGCCAGGAUUAAACUCAGAACAAUUCCUAUCUAGGUUAUUUUAAUACCAUAGAGAAGCACAUGAGUUUCCUUCUCUGGUCUGAGUGGGGAAAAGAGAAGCAUGGGGUUAUACAAAAAGACCUAAAUCGGAUGUUUUUUCCUCCUAUUUGCUUAGGAAGUUGGAGGAGUUAAUGAUUUUCUAUGUGGACCUCAGAACCACCUAGUUUCAGGAGAAAAUACUGCAUACAGUUUUUUAUCAAAUGAUGGCAAAGCUGCUGUAGAACUGGAUCCAUGAUGCAGAUCAAUUUCCACCCCCACCCCCUGAAAGGCAGACCUACAGCAGGGGCUGACUGAAAGGCAUCAGCUGGCAAUCCAACAGAAGGGAAAUCCUUCAAGACAAGAAAUCAUGAUGCCGGUGGACUUGGAGAACUUGAAUGGCUCCAUCAAAGAAGCAAAACCUGACACCACAUCUUUGGAGGAUGACAUGGAUCGGCAACAAGCAGCCAAGAGAAAACCGACACGCCACAGAGGGCUCAAGGUCUUCAUUGCUGCUCUGUCAUUUACCUACUUCAGUAAAGUGUUUUCUGGCUCCAUAAUGAAAAGUUGCUUCACACAGUUGGAAAGGAGAUUUGGCAUUUCCUCCUCUACCGCUGGAAUCAUGGAUGGCGGCUUUGAAUUGGGCAACUUACUGGUGAUUGCGUUUGUGAGUUACUUCGGGGCAAAACUUCAUCGGCCAAGGAUAAUUGGCCUGGGUUGUUUUAUCAUGUCUCUCGGGAGCUUUUUAACAGCAAUGCCUCAUUUCUUCAUGGGAUAUUAUAAAUAUGAUACAAUAUCACGUGCAUCAGAUACCCUGACAUCCAGUUUCUCUCCCUGCUCGUUAAAUCAAACACUUCCAGGAUUAAAAGAGAUUCCAGGGCCAGGCUGUAAAAAGGAAGAGAUAUCCUAUGCGUGGAUUUACGUCUUGUUGGGGAAUGUGCUACGUGGAAUAGGAGAAACACCAAUAGGUCCGCUGGGCAUUUCUUACCUUGAUGAUUUUGCCAGAGAAGAGGACUCUCCUUUAUAUAUCGGCUGCUUGCACACCAUAGGAAUGAUUGGACCGAUGGCUGGCUACCUCUUGGGGUCUGUGAUAGCUAAACUGUACGUGGACAUUGGCUUUGUGGAUCUGAGUGCAAUAACUAUAACCCCAACUGAUGCCCGCUGGGUUGGUGCAUGGUGGCUAGGCUUUUUGGCAGCCGGUGUCAUCAAUCUGAUUUCUGGCAUCCCUUUCUUGUUCCUGCCUAAAAGUCUGAAGACAAAAGAAGAGGAUGCUCCCAGCAAGCAAAACCUGGACUCUGUGAAAGCACACAGGGGUGAAAGCCACACAGAGAAGCUUGCAACUGAGCAAGGAUUGGGAUGCUUGCGAAACCUGAAAGAUUUUUUUAAAUCACUGAAGAAAUUAUUGAGCAACCGCAUGUACCUUAUAAUGCUGUGUAUGAUGUUGCUGCAGGCGAAGAGCUUCAUUGGUUACUUGACAUAUAACCCAAAAUAUAUGGAGCAGCAAUAUGGUCAGGCUGCAUCAAGGUCUAACUUUAUAAUAGCAGUCGCAGCUUUGCCGGCUGUCAGCAUAGGCAUGUUUGCAGGAGGGCUCAUCAUGAAAAAGUACAAGCUAGGCAUCGUCGCUGCUACAAAGAUGUCACUCAUUUUGUCAUUACUUGGAUACCUCAUUUCAAUUCUCAAUUUUUUGGUGGGUUGUGACAACCGCACCGUGGCUGGACUGACAGCGUCCUAUGAUGGGCAACUCAUCGCACCGAAGGCCGUUCCUUUCUAUUCGGCCUGCAACUCCGACUGUAGCUGUUCGGUAAGCCAGUGGGACCCUGUCUGUGGAGCAAACGGGAUCACCUACAUGUCAGCAUGUUUUGCUGGCUGCAAAGACAUAAGAGGAUCCGGGAAAGAAACAGUUUUCCACAAUUGUAGCUGCAUUGAACAGGCUGGCUCCAUGAUGGGAAAUUCUUCAGCAGUUUUGGGAGAAUGUCAGAGGAGUGACAACUGCUCCAAGCUGUUUAUUUAUUUCAUAAUGAUUAAAGUUGUAGGUUAUCUGUUCCUUUCAUUGGCAGCGGUUCCUUCUUUCAUGAUUUUGAUUAGAUGUGUGCUUCCGGAACUGAAGGCACUUGCAAUGGGUUUCCAGAUGCUUAUUAUAAGAUCUUUGGCUGGAAUUCCAGCCCCAGUUUAUUUCGGUGCAGUAAUAGACCGGGCCUGCUUGGUGUGGUCCAGGACAAGCUGUGGCAGGCGCGGAGCUUGCCGGAUAUACGAUUCUAAUGUUUACAGAAUAUCGUAUUUUGGUCUGAUAUUUGGCCUAAGAGCUCCAGUCAUCCCAUUGAGUUUAGUGUUUUUCUGGCUUGUGAAGAAACAUUUUGGGAAAAAAGAGGCCGACUCAAAUGAAAAUGAGAGGAAAGAAGGUAUUCCUCUGAAUGAAGAUGCUAAGACCAGUGGUGCUGCACAUACAGCAAGCAAUGCGGAUGAAAACAUGGACACUGGUAUCUAGCACAGCAUUGUGUUUAGAAAAUCAUGAAACAGAUCCGGGGCCAUCUUGGCCAUGUAACAGAUUAAAUUGAUACUGCACCAGCAUAUUAAAAAGCAUUUGUGUUUCCA